UGAAACGGAAACCCGGGAUGACUUAUCGAGACUAUUUCCUCAUGUUGUUGUCAACAAUUCUAUCUAAAUUCUGAGUUAUAUAUCAGGCGUAUCAUACGAUGUACCAUGGCUUUCUCAGAAGUAAAUCAAAACUUCUUCCGCCUUUACUACGUUGUAAAUGAGUUUGGAACCAAGGCCUUGAAUGAGCUUCUACGUUACUUGGUACACCAAACGUUCCCAUCGAGCUCUGCCUCAACCAUGAUGUUGAGCCAAUUUCUCGCCCUUCCUCAAGUUGUAAAUGAUUUGUUGUUUCCAGCAAGAACAAGAAAUUUUCUGGACCCAAUGCAGAAAGAUCUCCUUUAUCCCUCCGGUGCUCCGUCCAUGACGUUGGAUUAUGGAGACCUUGACAUAACAUUGGUGACAACUUUGCUAAAAAAUCUGACUGUUUUUUCGGGGGUUUUGAAGCAACCUGGUUCUUGUUCAAAAACGCUUUGGACAAAUCCUACAGAACAUGACCAACUUUUUUAUCUGCUAGAAGCAAACGUUGUUUUGCUUAAGAACAAACGAAACUCCAUCGUACAUUCCAAUGAACCGUCUAUGCCUACUGAAGAAUUUGAAGCCAAUUUUGAUCAUGUUAAAAGUUUGGUGAUGAACAUCAUGAGAAUGGCGGGAUCAGUAGCGUUCAAUGAAGAUGACAUUGAGCAAUACAGAACCAGCCCUUUGUUGCCAGAAAUUUUUCAGGAAACGGCUGCAAAGUUGCUUAAAAGUUUGGAAGCGACUGAAGACCUCAAAUAUGAAGUUAGAAUAUUGAUAGAACAAACACAGAUCAAAGAGAGGAAGACGAGAAAUCGAGGUGUUAUUUUGUCCUUGUUUAUUGUUACUGUUGUAAUUUUGGGGUUGUUGGCAUCGAAUAGAAUAAGCGCGGAUCGCGAGUUUGAAGAGGGAGUGAAAUCAAGAGAAAAAAUAGAAAAAGAAGUCGAGAAACUAGAGGAAUCUUUAAACUUAAAAUCAUCAACAAACGCAAGGAGAAAAGAGUUCGAAGAGGGAGUAAAAUCAAGAGAAAAAAUAGAAAAAGAACUAGAGCAACUAGAGGAAUCUUUAAAUUCAAAAUCAUCAACAAACACAAAAAGAAAAGAUAGAAUUGGACUGGCAAGGGUACACUUAAAACGAGACAAUAGUCAAGAUCUUGAAACCAGGAAGCAAAAACUUCGUGAUGCGAUAAAAAUGCAGCCUUUUAUUUGUUCCUCGUGGAAGAACAAAGAUGGAAAAAUGAAAGAGGAAAAGAUUGAGAAGUGCGUCGAGUGGCUGCUGAAAGGAAAUGUUCACACCUCGUUUGUUUCUUUGUCAACAUCAUCACAUGAAUAUGAACCGACUACUUUUGCUUCUACUCGGGCAACGCCAAAGGAAUGGAUCAAGAAAGAAGGAUUUCAUACAGAAUAUGAAGAACUAGUGAAGAUACAUCCUCGCAAACAUAAAAAACCCUUGAAGGGAACCAUCGGUUUAACGCUUAAGUCGAAGCAAUUAUACUUGAACGAUUACGUGAAGGGAACACCCGAAAUGUGUACGAAUGAGAUGCACAAUUUGUCGAAAAAUGAAUUAUGAAGGAAUUCAAACAUGUAUAGAUGAUCAUUGUGGUCUGGAACCGGUUUAUACGAAGGGUGGAUAGCGCUAUCCGACGGAUAAAUCUUAUCCAGUGAAUAAAUUUAUUGGAUAACAGCAUCGAUUUAUCCACUGGAUAAGGAUUUAACCGUUGGAUAGCGUUAUCCACCCUUCGUACAACUGGGAACUGGCCAAUGAGACGCGAUAGAUGCAAGACAUCUCGGAAAGGGGGAUGUACACCUCGAGCAGCGAUGCAAAAAUCUCGCAUUCAGUUAGUAAGUCUAUCUAAAGUAGAAAGAUUGAAAUACGAAAUCACGAACUAAAUUCGGUUUUUUAAAGUCAUUUAUUUGUUCCAUUCGUUUAUUUUAUCAUUUUACAGUUCGAUUAAUGUAGAGUCUUUAUAAUAUUUCUGUUGUACUUGUUGUUUUUGGAUCUAAAAGCAGCGAGAAACUCCAAAGUAUAAUAUUCAGUAUUAGUUAUGACAGCCACUUCGGGAUGCAACAAAGAGUGGAGCUUCAACCUCUUCAUAGUUAGUGACUGUUGGGGAAAAAAACUAAGCCUUUUUUCUGGAUACAUAAUGGCGUUUUAAUCAACAGAAUUGGAUUUAGUUUUUCGAAAGCCAUUACGCGAGAACAUUCCUAGUAAUCUUAACAAUUUUUUGCAAUUUAUUAUAAUAAAAUAUAUGAGCUAA